UCAUAAUAUUAAACCGUUUCCUAUCUUUCUUUUUGCUGAAGAUCGGAGACAAUUAAUAGGAUCAUGGGGGACUCUUCUUCUGCUUCAUACAUACACCUGGUGCAGCACCUGAUAGAGAAGUGUCUGAUCUUCCAUAUGACUAAACAAGAGUGCAUGGAAGCCCUUUCAAAACAUGGAAACAUCCAACCUGUCAUCACCUCCACUGUGUGGAAUGAACUGGUGAAAGAAAACAAGCGAUUCUUUGAGGCGUAUACUCAAUCUCAUGAGAGCAAAGCAGACGACCAAAUGUCAGAGGAAGAGACAAGGCAAAUGAUCCAGAAGAUGAUUUCGGAUUCCUCGAAAGGUUCCGACAACUAAGCACAAAGCUACGUAUAUAUCAGAGUCGGACGUGUCACUCAUGUGGUCCUAACUCCCUACAUGUAUAUAAUAUCAAAGUAUACGGAAGAUCACGAAGUAUUUGGCUGUCCCCCCAAAUAAAUCGCAUGUGUACUGACCAAUCAGAAGAGGCCCCCUUACUGUAUUAUAUAUCUAAUGUCUCGGGUAAACAAAUCGGUAAUUAACAAUGUUAUUUAGUUAUAAAAUAAAAUUUACUUAAUCUCUCAAACUACCACUCCAAUGACAAUUUACCCCCUAAAUCAUUAAUUACUACAAUUUACUCUCUAAAUUACCAAAAAUUUGACAAUGUAACUCUCAAUGCUAGCAAAAUGACGAAAUUACCCCUAUAAAAUUUUCAAUUAAACAAAAAUACCCUUAAAAUUUUGAAAAAAAAUU